AUGACGACAACUAGCUCAGGCAUCACGCCUGCCAUGGCACCACCACACGGCCUGCAGUCGAAUUUCGUCGACCCUCCUACCAUGAUGUCCAUCGCCAUCGCCGGCACUGCCAUCAUCCAUCUCUUCACCAUACCCUUCGUCUUCGCACGCGCAUACGUCAAUGCCUUCGUCACGAAGAAAUUGCACAUCGAGGACUACCUCUGCUACUUGUCGUACACUGGCUGCAUCGCCUAUACUGCUGCAAUUGUUCGUGCCGAAUCUGUUGGUAUGGCGCGACACAUGUGGGACAUGCCGCUUUCCGCCUUCACGAACAUCUUGUACAUCUGUAAUAUCGUCUUUGUAUGCUAUACCGCAACUGGUGGUUUGGCGAAGACAAUGGUCUUCCUGCAGUUGAAGAAAAUCUUCACCACCGGAGCGUAUGACGCCGUGUUCUGGGUCAUUGUUGUCUCUUUGGUGGCCAACGCCAUCUUCUAUACCGCCAUGUUGUUUUUGUACAUCUUUACUUGUUGGCCUCGGGAGAAGAUCUGGAACUCGACGGUAAAAGGACAUUGUCUCGACAGUAACAAGCUGAACAUAGCAAUGGGGACGCUGAAUGUCAUCAGCGACAUGGAGGCUUUCGCAGUACCACUCUGGGCCAUCUGGCAUCUCAGUAUGGAGUUGAAGCGGAAGAUCGGCGUGUUUGCGAUUUUCGGUGUAGGCGCAGUGGCAGUUGUAAUUGGCGCUGUCGGCUUGUACUACCGAAUCGUUCUGUUGGAGCAACCAGACUUUAGCUGGCUCUUAACACAAGCUGGUCUGAUAUGUAUGGCUGAGCUUGCUAUCGUCAUCAUUGUAGGCUGCUGUCCAUAUGUUCCGCGUUUCCUUCACAUUAUAAGACUGCGAGGAGCUGAGAACAGCAACACGGCUGAGAAACGUUCUUCGAUACCGUGGAAGCCGACUGCAAGACUGAACACCUUCGACAAAUAUCUGACAACCAGAUCUGGUAUGACGAAGUUAGAGCCCACAAACUCCGAAGAGUGUGUGGAGAUGCACCAAUACAAAGACAUUGCAUUGCAAAAGCCAGGCUGCAUUGCAAAAGGUAGCGCGAAUGUUAGGUAG